GGCUCUCUGGCCGUGCGAGUUGGCUGCCGUAUGGUAUAGGCCGGCAUUUUCACUGUGCCAUGGGAGCGGGUCGCGAGCCAUGCGCCCGGCUGUCCAUGUCUCUGAUUUGGAGCUAGAGGAGUGGCGCCAUGCCCCGCGUUUGGCCACGGCGGUCCUGGGGCACCUGGCGCGGCAGCGGCGCAGCGCCGAGGCCUCGAAACUGCUGCGGCGCAUGGCCGGAGCCGCCGUGGAAACCAACGUCUACCACUUCGGCGCAGCCAUCAGUGCCUGCGAGAAGGCAAAAGAUUGGCAGACAGCCAUACACUUGCUGGCCACCAUGCGGGCUUUGCGAGUGAAUCCCAACGUGAUCGCUUGCAGCGCUGCUGUGAGCUCCUGCGAGGGACAUUGGCCACUCGCUGUGAACCUUUUGCAGGCCAUGAUCCGCGACGAGGUUCUCCCCAACGUGGUCACCUACAACGGGGCCCUACAUGCCGUGGACGCAUGGCCUCAGGCGCUGAUGUUGCUGUCCUCCAUGCGCCAGGAAGCCGUGACCCCAGACGCAGUGAGCUUCAACACGGUGUGCGCAGCCUGCGGGACCGGGGGGGUUUGGCAGCUUUCGCUGCAUGUGCUACGGGAGAUGGAGAUGGCCGAAGUUCCUCCCGACGUCAUUUCCUACAACACGGCCAUGGACGUGUGCCACAAGUCUGGCCGCUGGCAGCACGCGCUGGCGCUGUUUUCUUCCAUGGACAAGGCGAGUGUCCCGCGGGAUGUCAUCACCAUGAACACCGCCAUGCUGGCUUGCUCGAAGGCGAGUCAUUGGCAGCAUGCACUUGGCAUCUUGAGCGGCAUGCCGGCGCAGAAUCUGAUUCCCACUGCCAUCAGCUACAACACCGCGAUCACGGCCUGUGACAGCUGGGAGUCCGCGUUAGCGAUCUUCAGCUCCAUCAAAGCUGCGGCUGUGAGAUCCUUCAACAGCCUCAUGGGUGUGCUGCAGAAGUGUGCGCAGUGGCAGCUCGCGCUGCACAUCCUGUGGUCGGAGUCCUUCGGAGGCAAGCGCGACGUUGUGAGCUUCAAUGCUGCGAUGAGCGCCUGCGACAAAGCUGGUCAGUGGCGGUCAGCCUUGUGGCUGCUUGGGCAAAUGAGUGCGCAAUCGCUGGCAGAUGAGGUGAGCUACAGCACUGCCAUCAGCGCCUGUGACAAGGUGGGCCAAUGGGAAGCUGCGCUGGGCCUGCUGGCCUUCAUGAACACCGCCCGAGUGGUGGCAGACACCUAUGCCUUCAACGCGGCUAUGGCGGCAUGCGCCGCCAUGGGGCGCUGGCAGUGGGCCGUGCACCUUCUGCACACUGUGUGCGGCCACUUGCAGCCGGAUGUGACGAGCUUCAACGCCGUCGCCUGCAAAUGUAGUGACUGGGUGUUGUCUCUGACGCUGAUCGUGGAUAUGAUGAGAAGGUCCGUGGGCCCGAACCACAUCACCUUCACCAGCGCGCUGGCAGCAGUGGAUAGAUGGCCUGUGGCAGUCGCUUUGCUGGAGCUCAUGGGCUCCUUGAGGGUGGACUCAGCAGACGCCGAAGACCUUGCUGUCUCAGCGUGUUGUCAGGACGGCGCUUGGCCGGCGGCCCUCUGGCUGCUGCAAGCCAAGGCGCUUGGGCCUAGCCCUGGCGUCACCGCACUGCUCAUGAGCUGCGAGCAAGACGGCCUGCCGGAGCUGGAAACGGAGAUCCUGCGGCGGCUUGCUGGCGGAAUGCCACGCGCCGCGGCUUCCGCUUUGCUGGUCUCCGGGCCUUUGGCCACAUUCCCGGGAAGAGGCCUGCCACCGCUUGCGCGAUCCUUACUGGCUAGUGCCAACAGCAUCCAGGCGCAGCCCUAUGCAAAGGAGCUGGCCCUGCUGGCCAAAGUGAUCUCUGCCGACCCGGGCCCAAACAACGUGCUGCAGGCCAUGGACAGCUACGGGGAGGAAUUGGGGGAGGCUGGCAGCUGGGCAAAGUUUGCGGGGGGCAGCAAGGCUCAGGCGCUGCUGGCGGCGGCCCGGGGCGCGGCGAAGUCCAGCGGCGCGGUGCUCGAGAUUGGUACCUACUGUGGCUACUCCGCAGUGUCGCUGGCCGCCGCUACCUCUGCAACAGUCACCACUCUGGAGAUGGACCCAGUCCUGGUGGCAAUCGCACGCUGUGUGCUGGCGCAAGCUGGCCUUGCGCAAAAGGUCCGCGUGUGGACCGGUCACAGUCAACGACUCCUGCCGCGAAUGAAGGAAAGACUGAGCCAAACCGCUGGAUUCGAUGUCAUAUUUAUGGACCGCUGGGGCUCUCAAUAUCCGGAAGACUUGGAGCAGAUCGAGCGCCUCAAGCUCUUGGCCUGUGGGGGGGUGUUGGUCGCAGACAACGUGCUCCGCACUGUGGCCGCACACUUCCUGUGGCAGACUUGUCAGGUGUCGGGGAAGUCAUCAAGGUAUGCGUCACAGGUUGUGCCAGUAAAUGAGGUGGGGGCAGAGUCGGACGAGGAUUGGAUGUCGGUCAGCGUGCUUUUGCGGGCCGGAGCCGCACCGGACCCGCCGCCAUCGGAGUGGACGGAGCUGCAGAAGCUGUCCGACCUGAUGCGAGUUCGCACCACCAGCAGCUUCGUGCCUCGCGCGGAGAUCCAGGAGGUGAAAGCGCGGGCCAAACGCAUUUUCCUGGCAGCUGGUGUUGGCCCAACAUAACUGACCUUGCUGCCGUUCAGCAUGCCGAAGAGCACGGCCCGCCACAAGUUUUGUGGCCGGGGCCAUCGAGCUUGGAGUUGGGAGCUGGGCAUGGGCCCGGGGUUUGAAGAUCUUUGGGGAGAUGAUCGCCCAGAUUUGCCAAGGAUGUUGGCUCCAUCUUGGUCCGAAAGGCGUACCUGUCUCUGGCAGAAGCAUGGAGGCGAGCUAGCCAUGCUCGCCUGAUGUGAGCCACUCCGAAGUCAGCCAGAAGGGCGCCCGGCAACCGGGAGCACUCGCAGGGCAAAAGGCUGAGUCAAGCUCUUCGAUGAAAGAGCCUGGGAUGUCACACCUGGUAUGACGCUCUGGCGGUGUUUUCAGACC